CCUAGCCCCAUUUCUGUGGUUACAUAUUAGGAUUUCUUCCUCCGCUCAACACUGCAUCUUUCCCCGGAGCCGGUCUGCAGCCGCAACCUCAGCAGUGAAGCGAUAUGGCGUCAGAGAAGAAACUGAACAACCCAAUGAGGGAAAUCAAGGUUCAGAAGCUCGUCCUCAACAUCUCCGUCGGUGAGAGCGGAGAUCGUUUGACCAGAGCGGCUAAGGUGUUGGAGCAACUUAGUGGCCAAACCCCUGUUUUCUCAAAGGCAAGGUAUACCGUGAGGUCCUUCGGUAUCAGGCGUAAUGAGAAGAUUGCAUGCUAUGUCACAGUAAGGGGUGACAAGGCAAUGCAGCUCCUCGAGAGUGGGUUGAAGGUGAAGGAAUAUGAAUUGCUGCGAAGGAACUUCAGUGACACUGGUUGCUUUGGGUUUGGUAUUCAGGAGCACAUUGAUCUUGGGAUUAAGUAUGACCCCUCUACUGGUAUUUAUGGUAUGGAUUUCUACGUUGUCCUGGAGCGCCCGGGUUACCGUGUUGCUCGUCGCCGGAGAUGCAAAGCCAGAGUUGGUAUCCAACACAGGGUCACCAAGGAUGAUGCCAUGAAGUGGUUCCAGGUCAAAUAUGAAGGGGUUAUCCUCAACAAGGCCUCAAACAUCUCAUAAGUCCAAUCUUAGUUUGAGAGAAUUUUCAAUCAGUUUGUAUCUCCUAGCAAUUUUGUGUAUUUGCCUUAUUAUAGACCUACAUCUUACUCAGAGUUACUGAGUUUUGGGUACCAGGAUUUGUUGGUAAGUUUAUCAAGGUUAUCAUGACAUCUUUGCUGUCUAAUUUGAUUGUGUGAUUUAUACUUGGGAUCUAAAUGGUUCUGUAGUUCUUCUGUCUAAUGUUAUAUUGCUUUCUAUUAAAU